AUGCCUUACGCGUCCCUUCCUGAAUCUUUAAAGGCUUCUACUUGUAAGAUCUUGUAUAUAAGCAGAAACCCCUUAGACACCCUUGUGUCACAUUGGCAUUUUUAUCCGAAUAUACUAAAGAGAGUAACCAAAGAUGAAAAUUUCCAACCCCAUAAUAUUGAAGAUUAUUUUGAGGACUUUUGCCAAGGUAAUGUUUUAGAUGGGCCGUUUUUUGAUCAUGUACUUGGAUAUUGGAAGCAGAGUUUAGAACAUCCUAACAAGGUGUUGUUUUUGAAAUACGAGGAUUUGAAGGAGAAUCCUAGUUUUUAUUUGAAGAAGUUGGCUGAAUUUAUUGGUAUGCCAUUUUCUCACCAAGAAGAAAGCAAAGGUGUAAUCAAAGAUAUAACAGAGUUGUGUAGUAUUAACAAUCUUAAAGAACUCGAGGUUAACAAGAGUGGUUCACUUGACAACUUUAUGGAGAACAAGAUGUUGUUUAGGGACGGGGCAGUUGGAGGGUGGACUCGUUAUCUCUCCGAUUCCGUGGCGGGAAGAAGGAAGAAAUUGAUAUAA